UGACGCUUUAUGAUUCAGGAAGACGCUUCCCUUCUACUAGCACGUUAGCUAGGACGAGAGAAAUGGACGAUAACUUCGGAGAUGCUGGGGCGACGAAAAACGUCGCAAAGUCCGGGCGAAGAGCCCGCCUGGCCGCUGACCAAUCAUCAUUUGAAGAUUCUCGUUAUUCAAGGAAGUCCUCAGCCUCAACUGCAUUAGCAGAAGCCCCUCCUCCAAAACCGACCCGGCGCCAGGGCGGCUGGGCGGAAGAAAGCUCUGGGUCCGGUUCUGCCAAAUCCUCAAGAAGACCUACAGCUGAAGACCUGGAAGACCGCCGCCUUCGACCACAAACACCCCAGGGAUCAGAUGAUGAAGGAGAUAUUCCAGUCAUUCCAGAUCUUGAUGAAGUGCAGGAAGAGGAUCUCACCAUGCAAAUUGCAGCACCACCAAUGGUCCAGGUGAAUCGGGUUAUGACAUACAGAGAUCUAGACAACGAUCUGAAAUAUUAUUCUGCAUUUCAAACUCUGGACGGAGAGAUCGACUUGAAGCUCCUCACCAAGGUUUUAGCACCGGAGCAGGAGGUGAAAGAGGAUGAUGUGCACUGGGACUGGGAUCAUCUGUUUACAGAGGUGUCCUCAGAGCUGCUGAUGGAAUGGGAUCAAGGAGAGAGUGAGGAGCAGGCUGGGUUGGCUGUAACAUGAGAAGGAGGUUUGAACUGGGACUUUAAAGGGCUCAUGUGGGAACUAGGUGAAUGUCCAUUAAACAUAACGGCCAUUGACUUUGAUUGUAGUAGCUUCAAUUACUGUUUGUUAUCCAGAGUUUAUAUUUUGUGAAGUGUUUCUUGUAUUUUCUAAAUAAAGAUCACUAUGUAGUGAGCAGUAACUGUAUUUGUGUAGGUUUUUGGAAACUGUUGUUUGUUAGUUUUGAACUUCAACAGCCAAAAGGCAAAGUGAUUUUGUUUGAGAGAAGCUGUCACAGAUAAAAAAAAUGCCCUCCCUGUACCACCAGCAUUAUCAACAGCCUCAUGCAAGUCCAAGGUUGAUAAUCAGCUAAGCUGAAAUCCAGUUGAUUGUGUUCAAAUUAACAUUCCUCAUUAAAGCCUACAACCUUA